AUGUCUAAAGACACUCUGUCUACCGCCAGUGCGCGCCAUCCAAAACCACCAAACACCACUUUCGCAUAUGGGACAGCAGGGUUCCGUACUAUUGGAUCUCUGCUGGACUCAACCGUGUUCAGGGUGGGCGUGCUGGCGUCUUUGAGAUCUGCAAAGCUAGGAGGAAAAACCAUCGGCGUCAUGAUCACUGCGUCCCAUAACCCGCCCCAGGACAACGGCGUCAAGGUUGUGGAUCCGCUGGGAGAAAUGCUGCCGCAGCUCUGGGAGCCCUAUGCCACCCAGCUGGCCAACAGCGACAAUCUCGAGGACGACGUUAGGGACAUUGUCGCGAGAGAAAAGAUUGACGUUGCGCAGGCUGGACUCGUUGUAGUUGGUAUGGACACACGGGAGACAGGUCCACAGCUGCUCAGAGCAGCCAUUGACGGAAUCGAGGUGUUUGGACGAGCCAAAAGCUUUGGAGAGCUCACCACUCCUCAGCUACACUAUUUGGUCAGAUCGCACAAUGAUCCGGAGUUUGGAGAGCCUUCCGAGAACGGAUAUAAUAAAAAGAUAAUCAGUGCAGUCGAAGAGAUACUGCGUUUGUGGAAUGUCCAAGAGCCAUUGGAAAUAACCGUGGAUGCUGCGAACGGAGUCGGCGCACCAAAACUACGCAACUUGAGCAGUGAUCUUAUCAAUAUCAGCGUGGUAAACAGCAACACGCAAGAUAAAAGUGCAUUGAAUGUUGAGUGUGGCGCAGACUACGUCAAGACCAACCAGAAACUACCUGCUAACGUGCAACCGAGAGACCACCAGCUGUACUCGUCCUUCGACGGUGACGCCGAUAGGGUGGUUUUCUAUUACACGGACGAAUCACGUUUUCAACUUUUGGAUGGAGACCGCAUCGCCACCCUCCUGGCGAGCUUCAUCAACAAACUGCUUCAGCAAGCCAAAGUCAAGGCUAAUAUGGGAAUCAUACAAACUGCAUACGCCAAUGGAGACUCCACUAAAUAUAUCCAGGAGACGCUUCAAAUCCCUGUUGACUUCACUCCGACUGGAGUCAAGCAUCUUCAUCACAAGGCCCAGGAAUACGACAUUGGAGUGUAUUUUGAGGCCAACGGACACGGUACGGUUCUUUUCUCGGAGAAGCUCAUAAGUGAACUCAAAUCUACACACACAAGCUCGCCAGAAGAGGAACGGGCCCUUAAGACACUGGUACUGCUCACAGAAGUCAUCAAUCAGACAGUCGGCGACUCCAUUUCAGACCUCUUUGCUGUUCUGCUUGCAUUAAGAAUCCAAAAUAAAACUUGUGUCGACUGGGGCAAAGACUAUACUGAGCUUCCGAACAAGCUCUUUAAAGUUGUUGUGAAGGACAGGUUUGCUUUCAAGACCACCGACGCGGAGAGAAGACUUGUGGAGCCGGCUGGCCUGCAGGCCAAAAUCGACGCUUUGGUGGCCGCAUAUGCACGAGGCCGUUGCUUUGUGAGGGCGAGUGGCACGGAAAACGCCGUGCGAGUGUACUCGGAAGCGGCAUCUGCGGCAGACUGUGCUGAUCUGGGCGCUCGUGUGUGCGAGCUGCUCGAGCCGUAUUGA